UGCAACGCCGUAUUCAAAAAUGCCGAUGUGGCUGCUGUGAUUUUGAGUUUUACGUUUUCCCCUUGCGUUUAGGAACAAACUUUUAAAAUGAAACUUUUUGUGUUAGUUUUCUUUUGUAUCUGCGGUUUCGUCACAUCUCAGGAAGACGAGAGACUGCCGAAUAAAUGUGAAGUGUGUAAGUUCUUGACGCUGGAGCUGCAGGAAGCUCUGGCGAAAACUGGUCGAUCCAAAGAAGUUCUGGAGGUUGGAGAAGUGCUGGACACAGGCAAGAGAAGAAGAAAGAUCAAAUACAACACCUCAGAGACUCGGUUAACUGAGGCAGUGGACAACAUUUGUGAACGCAUCCUGCAGUAUAGUGUCCAUGCAGAGAGACCUGGAAGCCUCCGAUAUGCUAAGGGCACCAGUCAGACCAUGUCAACUCUGAAGAAUCUGGUCCAUAAAGGAGUAAAAGUGGACUUGGGUCUGCCUUAUGAGCUAUGGGACGAACCCUCUGUAGAGGUGUCAGACAUGAAAAAACAGUGUGAGACCAUGCUGGAGGAGUUCGAGGAGGUUGUGGAGGACUGGUACUUCCAUUAUCAGGACCAGAGGCUGGAGAACUUCCUCUGUCAGAACCACGUCCUCACGGCAUCAGAGCAAGAAUGUUUGAAGGAGGUGUGGAAAGGAGACAUGGGAAACAAAGGAGGAGCCAUCAGCACAGAAAAGGAGGAGGAAGGCAAGACACAUGAUGCUGGGGAGCUUUGAGGAUAAACAUUUUCAAAGAUGGACAAUCAAACAGCAAUUUCAGCUUUUAGUAGGAUGGGACUUAAAGUUAUCUGACUCUACAUUUGAUGCCAAAUCUCAGAUAUGAAGUUUACAUUUGGAUUUAUAAUGUUGUAUGAAUGAUGAACUGUUACACCUUUUUAAACCCUAUUCGGAUCAUGUUGUUAAAUUUUUAUUAUUAAUGUUUGAGCCUUUAGUGUUAUAUUCUGUGUAAAUGGGAAAGCUGUUACAUUUGUAUGCAUUAUAUGGUACAUAUCAGUAUUUUUACCCUAUACUGCAACCUCUAAAUGCAAUUUGUACAUUUUUAUCCUUGUGAAUAAAGUACUUUUUUAUA